AUGUCUACCAUUACAGAGACCAUACCGGCAACGGUCUCCACCAGUGUGGUGGACCUUACCAAAUUUCCAGAUGGCUUUAAGACUUCAGGGCAACAUCCUCCGGUCUAUUCUCAAGUUCGCCCUUAUUCUGACUUUCCAAAGAAGAUCGAGGGCCCUACAGUGUGGCAGGCCGAGAACUACUCCCAAGCACCAGAGAAGUGGACCCAUCGGUUCACUGAUGAAGAGAUUCAAGAGAUCGGCAAUGCUGCAGAUAAUUUUAUUAGAGACAAAACGCCCUUGGAGGGAAUCUCCAAAAGCAACUUCCCUCUCCCCAAGCUUUCGAAGCGCCUCGAGGAGCUUCGGACGGUUUUAAUUGAUGGGACUGGUUUUUGGCUAUUCCGGGGAAUCCCCGUCGAUGAAUGGGAUCUCCAAAAAUGUGCUACUGCGUACAUGGGUCUUGGAACUUACCUAGGAUACUUCACUAGCCAAAAUGGCCGUGGCCAUGUCCUUGGUCAUGUGAAGGAUCUUGGCGAGGACCCAACUAAGACCGAAAGAGUACGCAUUUAUCGCACGAAUGCCCGCCAAUACUUCCAUACGGAUGGAUCAGACAUUGUCGGUCUUCUGUGCAUUGCCAAAUCUAAGAUUGGAGGCGAAUCAGACAUUGCAUCCACACAUCACGUUAUCAACGUGCUUCAGAAAAGACACCCUGAUGUUAUUGAGACCAUGUCCACCCCUAAUUGGUACUUUGACCGUAAGGGCGAGGUCUCCGAGGGUGAGGAGGAGUGGAUCCGGGGAGCUAUCUUAUACAUGGAGAAUGAGCGCGCUGGGGCUAACCCACGUGUCUACGCCAAGUUUGAUCCAAACAAUCUGACCUCACUCUCACGGUACAACUGUGGUCCAGAUGCCAAGAUUCCUCCCCUGUCUGAUAAGCAAAAGUAUGCUCUCAAGACUUGGGAGGAGACUUGUGCCGAGCUGGCGCUUCACAUGGUGCUUUCGCCCGGUGAUAUCCAGUUUGUUAGCAACUCACAUGUCUUUCAUGCGCGCACGGCCUACGAGGACCAUGCUCCCGGGGCCGUGGAUGAGAGCGGUCGUCUUAUUCGUGCACGUCAUUUGAUGAGACUCUGGCUCUCUGCACCCGAAUCUGAGGGUGGCUGGAAACUCCCUUUCCAUGACUCCCUUGAGAAGAAACGUGGUGGUAUCCAAGUCAACGAUCAACCUCCUUACUGUCCACUGGAUGCAGAGUGA